AUGAAAAGCAACUGGAAAAUUACAGCUUUCUUCUCCGUGUGUAGUUUUCUGUGGUCUUUCAUCUCAGCCACCAUCCAGCAACAAUCAAGACUACCAGUCAUUCUGGGUGCCAGUCAGAGAAUUGAUCUCUGCCCAACAAUCAGGAUUGGCCAAGAUGACUUACCAGGCUUUGACCUGAUUUCUCAGUUCCAAAUAGAAAAAGCUGCUUCACAAGGAAUUAUCCAGAGAGUAGUGGGUUCCACUUCUCUACAAGUGGCUUAUAAAUUGGGACCCAAUGUAGACUUCAGGAUCCCAACCAGUGCCAUAUAUUCCAACGGAUUGCCUGAUGAAUAUUCCUUUCUAACUACUUUUCGGAUGACUGGGGCCACACUUCAGAAAUACUGGACUAUUUGGCAGAUUCAGGAUUCUUCAGGAAAAGAACAAGUUGGAGUGAAUCUUAAUGGUCAAAUGAAAAGUGUUGAGUUUUCUUAUAAAGGAGUGGAUGGAAGUCUCCAAACUGCAUCAUUUUUACAUUUGCCUUUCUUGUUUGACUCCCAAUGGCACAAACUUAUGAUAAGUGUGGAAGCAAACAGUGUCACACUUUUUAUUGACUGUAUUAAAAUAGAAACCUUAAACAUAAAACCAAAAGGGAAAAUCAGCGUUGAUGGCUUUGCUGUGCUUGGAAAACUUAAAAAUAAUCCUGAAAUUUCAGUUCCGUUCGAAAUCCAGUGGAUGGUGAUUCACUGCGACCCCCUGCGACCCCAGCGCGAAGGCUGCGGCGAGCUGCCGGCCCGGAUAAGCCAGACAGUAAUCGAGAGAGGUCUCCCUGGUCCACCAGGCCCCCCGGGUCCACCAGGGCCACCAGGAGUUCCCGGUAUUGAUGGCAUCGAUGGGGAGAGAGGUCCGAACGGCCCCCCUGGUCCACCAGGUCCAGAUGGGGAUGCAGGCAAACCAGGAUCCCCUGGCUUGCCUGGAGAGCCGGGAGCUGAUGGAUUCACAGGACCUGAUGGCUCACGUGGAGCCACAGGACCAAAAGGACAGAAGGGUGAGCCAGGGCAGCCAGGUGCUCGUGGAUUUCCAGGCAAAGGGCUUCUUGGACCACCUGGUCCAACUGGUGCAGCAGGACUUCCUGGGGAAGUAGGUCGUGCUGGUCCACCUGGAGAUCCAGGAAAAAGAGGGCCACCAGGGCCACCAGGACCACCAGGCCCUCGGGGAACAAUUGGCCUGCAAGAUGGUGACCCAUUGUGUCCCAGUGCUUGUCCACCUGGCCGCCCAGGACAUGCUGGCUUAAUGGGAAUGAAGGGACAGAAAGGUUCAAAAGGAGAGUCUGGUGAACCAGGAAAACAAGGUUAUAAGGGUGAAGAAGGGGACCAAGGACCCAGUGGUGAAGUGGGAGCUCAAGGCCCUCCAGGCAUUGUAGGUAUCAGAGGUAUAAGUGGUAUAACGGGACCUAAAGGUACCAAAGGAGCUCGUGGGCUUGAUGGUGAGCCUGGUCCGCAAGGUCUUCCUGGUGCACCUGGGGAUCAAGGACAGAGAGGUCCACUGGGAGAGGCAGGUCCGAAGGGAGAAAGGGGCCCUCAAGGUACAAGAGGAAUAAAUGGUCUCCCUGGGCCUAAAGGAGAGUCUGGCUUACCAGGAGUUGAUGGCCGGGAAGGGAUCCCUGGAAUGCCUGGAGCAAAAGGUGAACCAGGAAAACCCGGAGCUCCAGGUGAUGCAGGGCUUCAGGGACUGCCAGGUUUACCAGGCUCUCCAGGUGUGAAAGGCAUUCCUGGCCCAAAGGGUAAUAGAGGUCCCCCUGGGGUGCCAGGUUUGAUGGGAAAUUCUGGUAAACCGGGUGAACAGGGGCCAGAGGGAGAAGCAGGUCCAACAGGACCCCGGGGACCACCAGGUAGCAGAGGGGAGCCAGGUCCUGCGGGUCCUCCAGGUUUACCAGGGAAAUGGGGUCCCCAGGGUGAUAUUGGACUUCCUGGACUGCCAGGUCCUCCAGGCCUACCUGGUGGUAAGGGUGACCGGGGUUCAGUGGGUGAACCAGGACCUAAGGGUGAACAAGGUGCACCUGGAGCAGAAGGAGAUGGAGGAGAAAAGGGUGACUUAGGUGAUAUGGGAUUACCAGGAGCAAAGGGAGCUGUUGGUAAUCCUGGAGAGCCUGGUUCCCGUGGGCCUGAGGGAAGUCGAGGACUGCCUGGCAUGGAAGGACCACGAGGCUCACCAGGACCACGAGGCUUGCAGGGUGAACAGGGUGCUCCAGGUCUGCCUGGCAACCAAGGUCCAGCUGGAAAAGAACCAACCGAUCAGCACAUUAAGCAGGUUUGCAUGAGAGUCAUGCAAGAACAACUAGCUCAGCUGGCAGCCAGUCUUAGGAGGCCAGAAUUUGGUGCUCCAGGUCUUCCUGGCCGACCGGGGCCACCGGGUGCUCCAGGGCCUGCUGGCGAAAAUGGCUUCCCAGGACAGCUUGGACCCCGUGGCUUGCCUGGCCUUAAAGGUCCCCCUGGUGAGAUCGGUCGUAAAGGUCCUAAAGGUGAACCAGGAGAAAGAGGAGACAGAGGAUUUCCAGGCAGAGGACUGAAAGGUUACCCUGGACCAAGAGGUCUUCCAGGUGAACCAGGCAAACCCAGCUAUGGCAGGGAAGGCCGUGAUGGUGAACGAGGUCUCCCUGGGGUGGCCGGUCAGCCUGGGGUUCCUGGUCCUCCCGGCCCUCCCGGCCCUCCUGGGUACUGCGAGCCAUCAUCUUGCAGAAUGCAGGCUGGACAGAGAGCUGGUAAGAACAUGAAAGGGCCAUGA